AUGACCACCUUGGAACUACCCGCCGGUGGUAUCGUCACCAAUGGACUACUCAGCCCUCCGCCUUCUGACCGACCAGUCCGUACUCGGCGCCACAAUGCGUAUGACGAACUCUGUCAACUUUCUAAGCUACAGUUGAAUACUCCCCGGCCGGAAACGCCAGCCACUAAAUCGGGAUCUGUAUUCGCUACUCCGCUGCCUCCCACCCGCACUCGCAAGGCUCCGGUUGUUUCGGUCGCUCGCUACGACGAAAUGCGCUACUUGACCACGCCAUCUUCUUCUUGUUCCUCGAGCUCAUCCUCGUCCUCAUCCUCUACCAGUAUUUCCCCGACCGAAUCUCCAUCAAUCAACAUGUCGGACACCUUUGAAACUCUGUCUCCUCCUGCGACUCCAGUCCGACGCCCAACUCGUCACUCUGGCGCCGGUCGCUCGCGAGUUUCUCGAAAAAGCAGUGUCGACAAACCACGCUCUCUUCAAUACAAUAGUCCCACUCCCAGCGGGGAUUCUGAUCGACCGUAUGGAUGUCGUCAUCCUGGUAACAUUGUACCAGGGGAUGUGCCGUGCGACAAGGACUUUGCGAGGAUGCAUGACUGGGUCCGCCACCAGCGCGUGCACAACGGACAAACCCCUUACAAAUGUCUCGGCUGUGGGAAGCAUUUCAAGCGCUCGGAUGCACGGGGUCGCCACUGGGAUAGCCCCUCCAAUGCUCACUGCGAGGCCUACCAUACACGAAUAAUUCGAGAGCUACUUCUUAAAGGCAGUAUAUCUGCGGAACACGCCGAUGUUCCUAUCCUAAGACGGAGAGCCCAGAAAACGGCAUGCCAGAAGACGAGUAAGCGAACCGGUAUUCCUGUACACGAUUUGAAGGCCAUAAUGCAAUGCCUCGAUGACGAAGACACCACUGUUCCUGGAUUUUAG